CUGAGCUUUGUCGAGUGUUGAACGAGUGCUGAAAAAUUUGACAAAAUAUUAAAAAUAUGUAUAAAUAUCUAUGCUUAUUAGCUUUGGUGAGUGCGGCCUAUGCAGCCAGUAUCGGCAGCUUACUUGAAACGACAACAGAGAAACGCGUAAUAAUACCGUUACUGAGAUACGAGACCGAUAGAAAACCCGAUGGAUCUUUCAGUUUUGCCUACGAGGGUGGCGAUCAUAGCGCGCGCCAGGAGUCUGGUGUUGUAGAAAAUGCUGGCACCGAGGAUGAGGCGCUCGAAGUGCAAGGCUCGUACCGUUACAUAGAUGCCGAUGGUCAAGAGGUCGAGGUACAUUAUACCGCCGGCAAGAAUGGCUUUGUGCCAAUAGGUACAAAUAUACCCUCCGAAAUCUCAGCAGCUGCUAAGUCUGCAGCUGAUCACCCUAACGAACCUGUGGAAUCCGAGAAGCUGAGACGUACGGUACGCUCACAUAGAGGACAAGAACAGGAAGCCGAAGCUGAAGGUGAAGUUGAAGCUGAAGGUGAAGUUGAAGCUGAAGAGCAACAAGAGACAGGUGGCAAAAAAGGAGAAGGUAAAGGUGGAGAGACACAAGAGACUGGUGGCAAAAAAGGCGAAGGUGAAAAGGGGCAAAAGGGGCAAAAGCAACAAAAGGAAGAGCAAGGUGAGAAAGGCGAAAAAGUAACGAAAGGUGAAAAGGGAGAGAAAUCAGAGAAGGUAGAAAAAGAGGUCAAAGAGCAGCAGGAAAGUGGAAAGCAAAAGGGUGACAAGAAGAAGCCGGCUAAAGAUGGGCAGAAACCAGUUGAGUCCGAGGAAGGUGAAAAAGCGGAAGCAACUGAAGAAGUAGAGCAGCCUGAGGAGCAGGAGGCGAAGGCAGAAAAAUCAAAGAAAUCCGAGAAAACUAAGGAACCAAAAGAAAAAGGAGAGAAAGAGAAAGCUUAAAUAAAACUCUUGGCAACAAAGAGUAAAAUUGGCGAUCGAAGAACUCGUCUAGUCUUGAUUACCUAAGCUACAUAUGUGUAAUUGCGAAACGAAGUCGCAAAAUGAAGAGACAGCAUUAACCCUACGAUGCAUUAAAUAACUGUAUUAUAUUUGUAAAAAAAACAAAAAAUUUAGCUUAUGUAAGCGCGUCCAGCACAUCCACACAGGUUGUUUUAAU